UGCUCGGCCUUUCUUUCUCCCUUAGCGGUGAAGGUGCAACAGUAAUCGGUCGUCCCGAGUCCGGGUUCAUCCGACACCCUCACCAACCAAGCUGAACUGAGCUCAACCUCCACAGCAUCAACAUGCCUCCUAAAUUCGACCCCAACGAGAUAAAGAUUGUGUACAUGAGGUGCACAGGAGGAGAAGUCGGAGCCACCUCAGCUCUGGCCCCCAAAAUCGGGCCUCUGGGUCUGUCUCCCAAGAAAGUUGGUGACGACAUUGCCAAGGCCACUGGUGACUGGAAGGGCCUGAGGAUCACUGUGAAGCUGACCAUCCAGAACAGGCAGGCAGCGGUUGAGGUCGUUCCCUCUGCAUCUGCUCUGAUCAUCAAGGCUCUGAAGGAGCCUCCUCGUGACAGGAAGAAGGUCAAGAACAUCAAGCACAGCGGGAGCGUGACCUUCGAUGAGAUUGUGAGCAUUGCUCGCGUCAUGAGGCCUCGCUCCAUCGCCAGAGAGCUCUCAGGAACCAUCAAAGAGAUCCUGGGAACCGCUCAGUCUGUCGGAUGCACCAUUGAUGGCCGUCCUCCCCAUGACGUCAUCGAUGACAUCAACAGCGGCAAAGUCGAGUGUCCAUCCGAGUAAAUGAGCGACACAAAUAAAAUUUUCAUAAAAACUGAA